AACAAAUCGCGGAUCGAAAACAUGAACAAUGAAUUACAGUUUUUUGAAGAUUUCGUUUCACAAAACACGGUUAACGCACGUUCGAUCAAGUGUUCUGCGCCGGGCAUCGGAUUGGAACGAUUCGCCACCGUGUGCAGCCUUGAAGGGACGCCUGAAAGUGUGCGGCAACCGAUAGCAUCUUUCGUGUCGGAUAUUGGUACCGGGAACUCCGCUGAGCAAAAGCACGCAGCUGUCGAGGGCAUUCUUAAGGUCGUGCAUGAAAAUGCGAAAUCUUUCGUUACUCUGGAGCACUAUGUUUGGCUAGCGAGAGUUACCGUUGCAGCGGAACUGUUGCUUAAUGUUCCACAUCGUACUGACGCUGCCCGGAAGCGCUUAUGCAAGGCACUGGAAUCGAUGCGACUGGAUGCUUUCAAUCAUUCACCGGCCUGCGUUCAUCACGUGGCCAAAGCACUGGUUGAAGACAUUCCACUCGAUUCCGGGCUGAAUCUGUUGCACGUCAUUAAAAAGCUAGCCAUAUACGACUCCCAGCUACUGUACUACGUGGCAGUGGCACUGCUGUUCGCCGGAUUAGACGCGGCCGUGAAACCAAAAACGGCCAACUCAUUUGAUAUGGUCGUGCUUAGAAAAAUUAAUUUCCACUAA